AUGCCUCAACGUCUCCCGUACUCGAAACAUCAGAAGACGACAAUCCCACACCACUCAAAUACUACCCUCAACCUCCCCUUCAUCUACAUCGACCUCCUCGAAGCAUCACCCCAUCCACUGCACACUCUGCUUCUCACUCCCCCGUCCGUCCCCCACAGCCCCCAAAAACACCUUCCUCUCCCCCUCGUUCAUCCUCCCCAGCCCAAGCCCCCUCCUCCUCUCAUCCCUCCUCAAUCGCACUCCGGACACGAGCAGUCCGAAAACGCCGCCAAGUUCUCGCAGCACUGCGCAAACGCGUCCAGCUUGUCAAAGAGAUCGCCAUCGCAAUUGCCCGUGGUCCGGUUGAAGACGCCGCCGCCGCUCGUGUACAUGCAGCACGCCUGCGUGUACUCCGAGACGGGCCUGCCGACCAGGUUCCAGCACUUGCACGCCUCUGCCGCGGACAUCAGGGAGAUGACGGCCAGAAUGACGGAGAGGAGCUUCAUUCUUUGGGUGCUGCCAGCAGGAGAAUAG